AGGAGAGAGCAGGGGGAGAGAGGAGAGAGAGGGGAGGGAGAGAGAGUGAAGGAAGGUGUGUGGGAGCACAUGGAGAGGAGGAUUUCAGUCUCUCUCUUUCUCAGUUAAGGUGAUGCGGGCAGAAUUUUAGAAUAAGGAAUAUCACACAACAGACACAGCAGGCUGUCUCUGAGGAAGACAAGAAAAAUAAAAAAUAAAACACCAGCCUGAAUAAAACAGCUCAAAACUUUUUUCAGUGAUUGGAGUGGAAUGGAGAAGAGUGGUGGGGACUGACGAGUGCCAGAGAUCUGACUGACAGGUCUUAUAUAUGGAGACGGCGGGGAAACAUGGCCACAGAGGAGGAACUCGGGCUUCAGAACUGACACGUUUCGGAUUGAAAACCCUUUCCCAAGGACACGGGGAUCUCGGUUCCAAACUUGCGUUCGAUGGGUCGGAGUCUUCCGAAAGUCUUGAUGGAUUCUAUGCCGACGCCAGACCUGGGGCAGCGCUGUAGUUCGGGGUCUCCAUCAUGGUCAAUGUGACGUCCGCUGAGGCGCCGGGGCGGGGCGACGUGCGGUACAACGUGCUGGCGCUGCUGUUCGGCGUGCCCCUCAUCCUGGUCAUCAUCCUGGGGAACAUCCUGGUGUGCCUGAGCGUGCUGACCGAGCGCUCGCUGAAGACCGCCACCAACUACUUCAUCGUCAGCCUGGCGGUGGCCGACCUGCUGCUGGCCGUGCUGGUGCUGCCGCUGUACGUCUACUCAGAGUUCCUCGGCGGCGUAUGGACGCUGAACACGUACAUCUGCGACGCCCUGAUGACCAUGGACGUGAUGCUCUGCACCGCCUCCAUACUGAACCUCUGCGCCAUCAGCGUUGACAGGUACAUAGCGGUGGUGGUCCCGCUGAAGUACAACCGGAACGAGUUCAGCGCGCGGCAGCUGGUGCUGAUCUCGGCCACCUGGGUGCUGUCGCUGGGCGUGGCCAGCCCGGUCAUCUUCGGGCUGAACCAGGUGCCGGGGCGCGACGCCAGCGUGUGCCGGCUGGAGGACGACAGCUUCGUGGUGUACUCCAGCGUGUGCUCCUUCUUCGUGCCCUGCCCCGUCAUGCUGCUGCUGUACUACUGGAUGUUCCGGGGGCUCCGGCGCUGGAGCGCGGGCCGCCGCUCCCACCUGCUCCGGCCCGACCGCCGCUUCUCCCUGGGCCUGGCCGGCCUGCGCCGCCACGGCAGGUCAAAGGUCAAGUACCUGAUGCCCGGCCUGGGCCCCGGGGCCCCCGCAGAGCCGGCGCCGUCGGUGCUGCUGUCGGGCCUGCCCGGUCUGUCGGGCCUGCCGGGGCUGCCGGGGCUGCCGGCCCCCGAGAGCGACGCCGACCCGGUCACGGGCCAGAUGGACAGCGCUUCGGACGCCGAGGGGACCGAGAGGGCCCGGCACGGGGGCCCCCGGGAGAACGGGCUGAGGGCCCGCGGCUCGGCCAGGAGGGCCCGGGUGAGCGGCCGGGAGCGCAAGGCCAUGAAGGUGCUGCCCGUGGUGGUAGGUGUGUUCCUGGCCUGCUGGACGCCCUUCUUCGUGGUCCACGUCACCAAGGUCCUGUGCGCGUCCUGCAGCAUCGGGCCGACGCUGAUCAGCGUGGUGACGUGGCUGGGCUACGUCAACAGCGCCGUCAACCCCAUCAUCUACACCGCCUUCAACACCGAGUUCAGGACCGUCUUUCACAAGCUCCUGUGCUGCCAGACGUGAGCGGUCGGCCCGGUCCGGCCCGGUCCGGCCGGCUCGCCAGCUCCCGCCUGUGCCGGAAAGAGCUGGAAAGGGUCGCGGUUAAGGAGCAGAUUUCCCACAAUGCCUUAGUCUUGAACUGAAAGACGUCAAAUGCCAGUAGUAAAAAUGCACUAUAUGGCACUGGUCCAACUGUAUGGAGUUCAUAUCUGUAAAUUACUGCUUGAGUACGGUAGAGUCUACAUCAAGCUCAGCCCAUAGCCCAGAGGCAUAAAAACCUGUGAAUAUGUGAAUAUGUGUAACGUCCGUGUAGAAUCUGUGCAGUUUUUCAUAUUAAAAAAAUGAAACGGGAAAAAAUACAUUAAAGUACAUGAAUUUUAAAUGAAAUACAUUUAAAAAAAACGUUUUUUUUUUUUGUUUACCCGGGAAUACAAAAAAUGGACAAUUUAUGACAUUGUUUCUUUACGUAACACAUACUGCUUCCUAAAGGAUUUGGCUCCCCUGGCAACAGGGACAAAUGGAUGACUGCCUGGGAUACAGCAUUUCAGUUGAGAACAGAGCUGUAUUUCAUACUACAUGCUCUCACGCGCCACAGGGGCGAUUGCCUCCAGGAAGAGGAACGGUACCCUGACAGAAUGCACAUCGGGGGGCUUCUGACGUCGCGUGGACACCGAAAACAUUCCGGUUCAUCGUGUCGAGUGAGCAGCCGCGCUGAAGAGCCGCAGAGUCUGUGUGAAGACGUCAUCAUUGCAGUCUGUGUGAACUGUGCUCUUUUGUCAAUGGUGGAAAACAAUAAAGAGGAAAUUAAUCCAAAACUGCAA